AUGGGUGACGACAUUGAUGGAUGGGCAAACAUUCAUGAUGACAUCUUGAAGGAAAUUGCAGAGCACUUCUAUUCGUACGAUGAUUUCAUCCAACUUCGUUUAGUUUGCAAGCAAUGGAGCUUGAAACUUCCAGAGAUCUCCAGCGAGAUUUUGUGGUUGCUGGUACCCGAAGAAUCUUCCAGUACUCGUAUUUAUGAAGACGAGGAGAUCUACCAUCUCAUGAACUUACCUAUUGCUGAUGAAGUACCGCUUGAUAUUCAGUCUCUCGAUGAAGACGAGAUCCACCAUCUCAAGCUACCAGAGAUGCAGAACAAAUUGAUCCGUGGUUCUUUUGGUGGAUGGUUGAUCGUCCUAGAUAUAUACCAAGGUUCGAUGUAUAUGUUAAAUGCAUUUACAAAGGUCCGAUUAGAUCUUCCUCCAAUAUCAACUUUUCCGGAUAUAAUUGACUACAAUCCUAACAAUUAUGGCUUUGAAUAUACUAUUCGGGAUUUGGAUGAUGAAAAUAAGGAUGAUAUACACUUGGCCAUAUAUGGACCUCGUUGUACAUUAGCCUUUUACAAACCAAAUGAUAAGAGAUGGUUAGAUCUUUCAACUAGAAAACCGUCGUUUCAUGAUGUCAUAUUUUUUGGAGAGAAGAUAUAUGCAGUAGACGAAGAUGGCCAGCUAUACGAAUUUGAUACAAACACAAAAUCAGGGCCUGUAGGUGGUAUUCAUGAAGCCAAACCUCCCUCUGAUGCUGCGGUGGGUCCUUACCAGCUUAAAUAUUUGGUUGGGUGUGCUAACGGAAGUUUAUUGAUGUUGGCGAGACAUUUUAUGCCUAUUUGGAAGGCUUUAAGAUUUAAGGAGGUGGUUGAGUUGUUGACCUCUGCUGCCGAUGAUGCUAAAUCUUUAAUUGAUGCAAGUGAUAGACUUGUAUUAUAUAUUGAAAUUGCUCGUUUGUAUGGUAAUCUUGGGUACCAGAGAAAAGCUGCCUUCUUUUCUAGGAAAGUUGCUCAGUUAUAUCUUCAGCAAGAAAAUUGA